UGGAUAAAAAUGUGUAUAAAAUGCCACGUCAAGUACUGUAGACGCGCUGCAAGAACGGAUUCUGAUCACCGACGAUGAGAUACAUAAAGAUUUUUUUGUAUUUGAUAGUGCAGUGUCAAUGAAUUGUGCGUAAAAUUCUGGGAAUCGAAUGAAAUAAACCAUUUUGCUUCAAAAUACACUGCAAGUUUAAUAGACAGUAUUCAGCAUUACCCAAAAGAAACAGACGCGAAAUAUGUUACAAGUUACUGUGAAGAUGCCCGUGAAAUGCAGGGAAGAUUUUUAUGAUGCACUAGAUUGAUGUAAUUUCAUUUGCAAUAGCACUCCGAUAUUCCAUGACCGGAUGCAGAACUGGAAAUUUGGACCAUGUUUUCAGAACCUAUAAACUACAUUACUUCCGUUUUCCGCGGUCUAAUGGGAAAUAAUCCUAAUAAUGAAGAAACGCAUGAGCUCGAAAACCAGUCACACGAUCAGUCUGAGUUACGUGAUCACUCAGAGGCACGUGACAAAACAUUUUCAGCAAGUGCAUCAACGCAGACACAGAAUACAGUAGAAUUACAGGAACUUAAUGUCAGUAAGCUAAGGGAGACAAACUUCGGUAGAGAUGCUGAAUACGAUGAAAGAGUUAAUGAAAUGCUUGCAGAAGUUACCAGCAGAGAGACUGGUUACUCCUCUGAUACGGACAGUUAUGAAAAUAUUUCUCUAAAUAAUGACGAAGCAUAUGAAGAUGCAUUUAGCCGUAACUCUGAUAUUAGGGAGAGUGGCACUAGACGACGACAUGUUGCUGGACCCAGAGUCCUCACCGCGGACGAAAUUCAAAUAGAAUACGACAAGUCACGUGAUCAGUCUUCAUCUCUGCCUGGUGAUAUACAACAAAACGGAGAAGGGAAAUUUCGAAAUGCUGCAUAUGCUCUAAAUCAAACAAAAGAAACUGAUAUACGCAGUAGCUCUAUAGAGGUUGAUUCGGAUGGUCCUGCAGGCACGUGCCAGAUUAACAAGGGUUUCGUUGAUGAUGAAACAGUUACAUCUCAAGCCCAUCUGGAAAAAUUGGAUGUAAUAAAACCACUCCCAAAUAUCGCUUCAGUCUCAAGAAUCAUGAUGGGAGCAAAAGAAGCAAGGAGUAGGUCUGACAAUAGUAGUCAUGUAGAAGAGGGUGAAGCAAAUAGUACGGACUUACCUAAACGAAAAUUUAGCGCAGCAGCAGAAUGGUCAAAACUCGCAGAGAAUCAUGCAAUACUACAUUCAGGUGGAUCCACUACAAGCUUUCUUUCAACAAAUCCAACCGUGGCCGCCCGUUUGACUGAAUCAUACCAAAGAGCUAAACAAAGGGUUGCCUCGAGAAGGCCCACCUUUUAUGACGUAUUGCGCAAAAUUCAUGCACAGAAAUUAGCAAGGAAAUUAAGGUCUUUUAUUGACCACAAUGUGGAGUCGUCUUUUCAGUUUAAACAACCGAAAUAUUACAUGCAUGAUUCCAGUUCUAGUGACGAGGAUUUCGUACCAAGAGAUCCGUACAGUACAGUUACAAGGAAGAGAAAAUGGUAUGAGCGAAAACCGAAAACGGGCAGUGAAAGAUUGAUGCAAAAUAAAUUCUUUGCAAAUGCAAGAUUGCGGUAUAAAGCCCGGACAAUGAUCGGUGCGGCCGGAAGUCGCCACCAACGGCGACGAGCGUCGCUUGCGGUCUCGGCGCUGAGUGGCGGUGGGAUGUAUAGCCCUAUGGAACAACUACGAGAAUUAGAUGAAAAUGGGCCCCGACCACCGCCUAGUCGGCGCCGGGCUUGUGAUACUUCUGACUUCAAAUCUUGUGCUAUUCUUCAAACGAGACUCAAGGAAGUUAAACGCUACCCCGAAAUGGCAUCUUUCACUGGAAUGAAUAGAGAAGAUAUGACGGGACCCGUGGAUGGAACCCUGGGUCAGGCCACCAGUCGGGCUGCACAUCUUAGUCUUCCGGGAUUCGGGGGUUCAAAUACCCGGUCCUUGUUUAUAUUCAGCGAAGAAAAUUUUAUACGGAAGUAUGCGAAGAUCAUCAUUGAGUGGGGGCCGUUCGAGUAUAUGGUGCUACUUACUAUCAUUGCCAACUGUGUUGUCUUAGGUCUAGAAGAACAUUUACCACAGCAUGAUAAAACUCCUCUAGCUGAACAGUUGGAGAAGACAGAAUUGUACUUUUUAAUAAUAUUUUGUGUAGAGGCUUUACUAAAGAUCGUAGCAUUAGGUUUCAUAUUACAUCGUGGUUCAUAUCUACGCAACGUUUGGAACAUCAUGGAUUUCGUAGUCGUAGUAACAGGGUUCAUUACCAUAAUCGCCUCUAGUACAUUAGAUUUACGGACCUUGAGGGCGGUCCGUGUGUUACGUCCCCUGAAACUGGUGUCGGGUAUACCAAGUUUACAGGUGGUGCUGAAGUCUAUUAUACGUGCUAUGGCACCAUUGCUCCAAGUCUGCCUUCUCGUGUUCUUCGCCAUCAUCAUGUUUGCCAUUAUAGGGCUAGAAAUUUAUAAUGGUGCAUUCCACUUCGCCUGCUAUAGGCUUGACUCUAGGCCUAGCAAUGACGAAUCGGAUAUUUAUAUAGGAGAAGAAGAUAGUGUUAGACCUUGUAGUUCUAAAGACAGUGGUAGCGGUUAUACUUUAGGAGGUUUUAGGUGCCAAGAAAACGUUUCAGAAUGCCGGCCAUAUUGGCGCGGCCCAAACUAUGGAAUAACUAGUUUUGACAAUAUUGGAUAUGCAAUGUUGACAGUUUUUCAAUGUUUUACAAUGGAAGGAUGGACUACAAUAUUGUAUAAUACGAAUGACGCGUGUGGAAAGUACUUCAAUUGGAUUUAUUUCUACCCUCUCAUUAUUCUCGGAUCAUUCUUCAUGCUCAACUUAGUACUUGGUGUUCUUAGUGGUGAAUUCGCCAAAGAGAGAGAAAGAGUAGAAAAUCGUAGAGCAUUUUUCAAAUUACGUCGUAGGCAGCAAUUAGAUAGGGAAUUAAAUGGAUAUCUUGAGUGGAUCUGCAAAGCAGAGGAAGUUAUUUUAAAUGAAGAAAGAACAACAGACGAAGAAAAGAUUAAAAUCAUAGAAGCUCGGCGGAGAGCAGCAGCAAGAAAGAUGAAGCAGUUGCAGGAUGGAAAAUACAACGAUGAUGACAAUGACGACAACAAUGAAGACGAUUUAUUAGGAGAUCUAAAUAUAGGCAAUGCUCUUGGAAGGAAUUUCCGUGGAAGGAGAACAACAGGGAAAUAUGCCACGUUUUGGAAAGCAGAAAAACGGUUAAGAUAUGCUGUCCGUCGAGCAAUCAAAAGUCAAGCAUUUUAUUGGACUGUGAUAAUUCUUGUUCUUUUAAACACUGUUUCUGUGGCCUCAGAACACUACGGACAACCGCAGUGGCAUACACAAUUUUUAUAUAUUACAGAAUUUUUAUUUCUGGGACUUUUUAUGAUGGAAAUGAUCAUCAAAAUGUACGGCCUUGGAGUGCGUACAUAUUUCCAGUCUUCGUUUAAUAUAUUUGACUGUGUUGUGAUAGUUGGUAGUAUAUUUGAAGUUAUAUGGUCCGAGUUUAAGGAGGGUGCUUCUUUUGGUAUUAGUACUCUCCGUGCUCUUCGGCUGCUCAGAAUUUUCAAAGUCACAAGGUAUUGGUCAUCAUUGCGUAAUCUAGUCAUCUCGUUGUUACACUCCAUGCGCUCCAUCAUCAGUCUCUUAUUCCUGCUCUUCUUAUUUAUCCUUAUAUUUGCCUUACUUGGGAUGCAGCUAUUCGGGGGAGAGAUGAACUUUGAAGAGGGGCGUCCUGCAAGUCACUUUGAUACAUUCCCUAUAGCUCUGUUGACAGUUUUCCAGAUAUUGACUGGAGAAGAUUGGAAUGAAGUGAUGUACUCUGGUAUACGAUCAGGCGGUGGUAUAGAAGGAUAUGGAAUGGUGUUUUCUUCAUAUUUCAUUAUACUUGUUGUCUUUGGCAACUACACACUGCUGAAUGUAUUCUUGGCUAUCGCCGUCGACAAUUUAGCAAAUGCCCAGGAAUUAACGGCGGAUGAAGAGGAUUCAGAGGUCGCACGCGAGGAGAUUAUCAGCAUGUUGAACGAAUCGGUUUCAAUGAAUCUGCGGCGUGAUGAGAUAGGAAAAGCAAUGGAGAACCACUUUGGUACCCAACCUGGAGGGGGUCCCCCACCAAUCAACAUAUGCCCACCGUCUCCACAAAAUAAUGAUGAAACAAAAAUUGGAAACUUUGCGUAUAUAUCUUUCAGUAAUACAAAAUUGGACACGAACUUGAGCCAGAACAACCUGAAAGACAACUUGAACAAAGAAGUGAUGGUUAAUAUGCGCAGUGGCGGUACACCUAACAGGGACAGAGAAGUUGAAUCAACAAGAAGCAGUAGUAUCGACCUACCACGUCAGAACACCAACGCCAGUCAGGAUGAGCCAGGUUUUGGCCAACCGAAACCUAUGUUACCAUACAGUUCCAUGUUUAUUUUUGGGCCUACAAAUCCGAUACGUCGAUUUUGCCAUUUUGUUGUCAAUCUCCGUUACUUUGACCUGUUCAUCAUGAUAGUUAUAAGUGCGAGUAGUAUCGCUCUAGCUGCCGAAGACCCAGUGGACGAACACUCUGAACAUAAUAACAUACUCAACUACUUCGAUUAUGUUUUCACUGGUGUUUUCACAAUAGAACUCAUUUUGAAGGUUGUGGAUUUAGGUAUCAUCCUCCAUCCUCGAGCUUACUGCAGAGAUCCAUGGAAUAUUUUAGAUGCUACUGUCGUUAUCUGUGCCCUCGUUGCCUUCUUUUUCACUGACAGCGCCGGGAAGAAUCUUAAUACGAUCAAAUCUCUGAGGGUUUUGAGAGUUUUACGGCCACUGAAAACUAUUAACAGGGUACCGAAACUCAAGGCUGUAUUCGACUGUGUUGUGAACUCAUUGAAGAAUGUGUCCAAUAUUCUUAUUGUGUACAUGCUGUUCCAAUUCAUUUUUGCGGUGAUUGCGGUUCAGUUAUUCAAGGGAAAGUUUUUCUACUGCACAGACGAGUCAAAAGAAACAAGAGAAGAAUGCAAGGGCCAGUACUUUUCUUACGAAGAUGGUCCAGAUUCACCUUCGGUUGAAGACCGACAGUGGCGUCGGCAAGACUUUCACUACGACAACGUGAUGUAUGCCAUGUUAACACUGUUUACAGUCACAACCGGAGAAGGAUGGCCAGCUGUGUUGAAGAAUUCGAUGGACUCUACGUUUGUAGACCAAGGUCCACAACCAAAUUACCACAUGGAGAUGGCGGUGUUUUAUGUUGUGUUUUUCAUUGUCUUUCCAUUCUUCUUCGUGAACAUCUUCGUCGCUCUCAUCAUCAUUACAUUCCAAGAACAGGGAGAAAGUGAUCUAGGCGAUCAGGAUUUAGAUAAAAAUCAAAAACAAUGCAUUGAUUUCACGAUGAAUGCUAAACCAUUGUGUCGCUUUAUGCCAAAGAACAAAGGAUCUUUCAAGUACCGGGUAUGGAAAUUGGUAGUUUCUCCAAAAUUUGAAUAUUUGGUGAUGACCCUUAUCGCCUUAAACACCGUGGUUCUUAUGAUGAAGUUUAAUAAUCAGCAAGAGUUUGAGAAUAAGUACCGGGAGCGGUCAACAGAGAAUGGACAUCCCAAUAUCGCUGACCAAGGGUCCUUUUAUGAGAAGGUUCUCAUAUCAAUAAAUAUAGUCUUCACGGUGCUAUUUACCAUAGAAUGUAUUCUAAAACUAUUGGCGUUUGGAAUUAAGAAUUACUUCCGCGAUGCCUGGAAUAUAUUUGACUUUGUGACCGUGUUGGGGAGUAUUCUGGACGUCAUGAUAAAUGAAUUUGGGGAGCGUGUAGCAGAAAUGGUAACUGGCAAGGAACAGGGUGAUUAUGUAGGCUUUAACGUUGGUAUAUUCCGAUUGUUCCGAGCUGCGCGUUUGGUGAAGCUUCUCCGCCAAGGGUACACUAUACGGUUACUUCUUUGGACAUUUUUACAAUCAUUUAAGGCCUUGCCGUACGUUUGUCUGCUCAUCUUGAUGUUGUUCUUCAUCUUCGCAAUCAUUGGCAUGCAAAUAUUUGGAAACAUCAAACUAGACUCUGAAACUGACAUAAACAGGCAUAACAAUUUCAGGAGCUUUUUUCAAGCACUUAUGUUAUUAUUCAGAUGUGCGACAGGCGAAAACUGGCAGCAGAUUAUGUUAUCAUGUCUCAGUAAUCGACCAUGUGACCCAAUGUCUAAUAUGGGGUCAAAUGAGUGUGGCCUUGACUUCGCAUACGGAUACUUUGUAGCAUUUAUAUUCUUCUGCUCUUUUCUUAUGUUGAACUUAUUCGUUGCUGUCAUCAUGGAUAACUUUGACUACCUGACACGUGACAGCUCCAUACUCGGUCCCCAUCAUUUAGACGAAUAUAAUCGUGUAUGGGCUGAAUAUGACCCUGGCGCCACAGGCCGAAUACAGUACACUGAUAUGUAUGAUAUGCUACGAAAUAUGGAGCCGCCGGUAGGGUUUGGAAAGAAAUGUCCGUACAGAUUGGCAUACCGUAAACUUAUCAGAAUGAAUAUGCCAGUGGCUAUGGAUGGAACAGUACAUUUUACAACAACACUUUUUGCCCUUAUCAGAGAAUCUCUUGGAAUCAAAACGUCUAUAACUGAAGAAAUGGACAAAAAGGAUGACGAAAUGCGGGAGGUUAUACAACGUCUGUGGCCUGUGCAGGCCAAGAAGCUUAUUGAUCUACUAGUACCACCAAAGGAAGAAUUAAACGAAGGGAAAAUGACGGUUGGAAAGAUAUAUGUUGGCCUCCUUAUUUCUGAGAACUGGAAAGCCUAUAAGGCUAGUCAACUGAACGGACAAACUACUAGAAAGGAAGUCUUGGAUGAGCCCCCUGAAAAUGACGAGCGGCCGCCAUCUUUGUUCAAGCGCCUUAUGGGCGUCAUGAGGACGCCAUCAGGUCGCUCAAGCCAGAGCAUUGAUUCCGAUCAUUCUGGAGACGAGGACACUCAUAGUUCCGAAUAUGACAAAACACAUCGUCACCGUUCUUUCAGUUUUCUCCGUCGGAACAGCAGUAAACGUCGAAACCGAGGGGGAGGUGGACAUGGGCAAGAGUUAGGCAGCAUGCAGACACGGUACAUACGCUAUGGAGGGUUGCACGGUUACAUAAAUGACUCGUUCUCAACUGAUGAAACCGGAAAUACCACUGAUGAUAGGUCAUCUGGUAUCUAUGUCGUGUCAGAACAUUAUAAGUCAUUAGACAAGCAUCUUGACUUUUCACACGGACUGCGUCCAGAGCAUGCUGGUCACGGUAUACCACGACCGCCGUCAGAGACAAGUCAUAUAAGUCAGCAGAGUCCCUCUUUGCCUACAACACCUGUUACGCCACGAUCCCCGUUGUUGAACCAUAGGAGCCCGUUUGAGUCUCCAGCCACCUCUCCGGGCCCCUUUCGGAGGUCUACUUCGCCAAGAAGAAAUCAGAUUGAUGUUGGCUUCGCUUCGGCUGUAGCAAAUAUAUGUGAACAAGCGCACGAGAUUGUUGAGCAAGAGCGUAGAAAACAUAAAGCUCCGGCACGACACGAAGACAGCAUAAGUAUACCAAACUCACCGCAGCUUCGUAGUAGACCGCGACUGAAACAGCAACGGCCGCCAUUGAUGCCUCAACCACACGUCAUGGGAUCACCACUUCCUAGUCCCCAGCCGCGCAUCAGAUCGGAAAUGUAUCGCUCCACAUCUUUAGAAACGAGAUCUAGAUCGCCAUCACCUAAUCCCACCCCAUCUUCUACACCUAUGAAUGAGUAUUACGGAGGCUCGAAUCUAACCGACCGUUCUAGGAGUCCAUCACCAGUGAGUAGUCCUGUGAAUACACCACCAAAACGUUCGACACGGAAGUUACCUAUGGCUCCAGUACAACCCACCAAGCCUUCUACGCUGAAUCUUGCUCAACCCAAGCUCAAAGAGAACAUGCCGCGUGUAAUGCCUUCCCCUACUAUCCGUCAGCCUUCCAAAAGCCCAGGAAGUAUUAACUUUCCUAGAUUAAAUACUUCUCCGACACGCAAACCUAAAUUGAAUAUAGCCCCUGUGCCGCAUAAUAUUCCUCCGCCAGGAAAACUUGGACGCCCCGAACCUUACAGUCCAACUGAAAGAAACAAUUUGAAUAAGAUAAGUGAUCCACGGGACAGACCCGGUCAAACUAGGUCUCUCCCAGGUCAUUACAGUAGGCGACCAAAUGUGCCACCGAAUGACAGUGGAAAUCGCGUUUCACGUCACUCACCAGACUUUAAUAGAGCACGUGAAAACGAAAGAACUAGACAUCUUCCGAACAGACAUAUGGAUGAUUCGCGACAUGUUCCGAGUAGACAUUUUGAAGAAACAAAUCAUGGAGCCAGUUCUGGCCGAGGUCGUAGUGAUAGGUCGCGUGAACGGAUGCAUUCUAAUCCAAGUCAUAAUAAUCAAGGACACACACCGCCGCGGUCGCCUAGACCUCAAGCACAUGUUCCAAACGGAUAUAAAAGAAACGGUAAUAGAAAACAAGACAAAAUGGAACUCAGAAGUGAUAGCAAUGUUCCUUUAACUAACGAUUCUGAUGACGACGAUGAGGAUUGGUGUUAAUAAAAUGUGUUUGUAUUAAUUAAGGUAAAUGGCGUUACUUAAAGUUCGGUGUCAAUAAACUGUAACAAAAAUGUCUAGUACUGCCACUUCAUCACAGCAUUUCCAGAUAAAUAUUCGUACAACAAGCAUCCUAAUACGUGUCAUGCUUUGCUCAAACAUGUGACAUACUUAGCUUCUAGUUAGUGUUUAACUCUUAUCGGUCUUUGUGUGGAUACCUGGGAACUUAACUUUUCUGUUCAGAAUUAUUAUCUAUACAAGUACAAGAGCUUCCCUACUGCUGGAUAAGUAUUCCCGUCGAUAACGAAUUUGCAACUUAUAAAAAACACAAGCAAAGUGAGAUUUUAAAGGACUUGUAUUUACUGUCAUAUGCAUGAAUAUGUAUCUGUAAGGAUGUCACCUUAGUUUAAACAAAAUGCGUUUUUUCAUUACUAAAGUAUUUCUUCCUGUUACCUCACUUUAUACUCGUUCCACAUUGCUGGAGUGUUGUUAUAGAUUCUUUGUUCUUGUUUUUGUUCUUUAUUUUUUCUUCUAUAAUUUUAUCAAGUUGAAAUUUUAUACACUGUUGACAAAGUUUUUGUUAUGUGGUUAUCAAAAGAAAAGUAAUACUUUUUGCCAGUUUUGCACUAUAUGUAUGCGAUAAUAUAAAAUUGGUGUAUAAUGAGACAAAUAUUACAUACAAUUGAUUAAGGGACAUGACUCAAAGUGUCGACUGCAAUAAAAUGUAUCAUUUUUAGACAAAAGCAUCAGUUUAUAUUAUUUAAAAUAAUAAUUUAUGUGCAUGACUUAAAGUACAGCUAAGUUGAACAGAAAAAACAAAGAAAAAUAUCAAACAGGGAAUGCCACGCACCAAAAACGCAGCCUCCCCAAAACGAAAGCCAUGUCUACAUAUGUUUCAGACUGUAUGAAUAUGGAUAUUUCUUUUAAACUUUUAUUCUGCAAAUACCGCAAAAGGGGAGGUCAACCGUAAGCUAAAAUACCUUCCUGUCCAAUUCGUCAAUUGCUAUUUUGUAAAUGUCUCAUGAGUCGCUGAAAUAAAAUAUGUUUAAACUAAUUACCAAAACAAAAAGCAACAGCUUAAUUUUCAAAAUAUACUACAUAACACACGGGGAAUGCCCCUUUAAGUACAAUAUAUAUUGUCGAGACGUUUUAGAGAAUUCUGUUAACAUUUUAUUUCAUAUGAUAAUAUAUGCAUGCCUGAAUGUAACAAACAGUAGCUCAAAUAUUUGAAGGGAAGAUAACACACAGAUAAUAUUAGACACAUUAGUAUGGAUAUAUUGAAGAAACAUAAUUCCAUUUUAUCUCACAAUCAUUUGUAAUUCUAUUAGACUGAGUGUUUUAUUUGUUUAUUAUUUUUAAUCAAGAUGUUUUAAUAGGAAUAGAAGUAAAGUACGUGAUAUAGCCUGAUAAAGAAAACUUGUAUGUUGAAUUACAAAGUUCUGUCCAUCUAUUGUUAAAUGUGUUGAUCUAGUUUUACAGUGUCGAGUAGUUGGUUAACUUUCCCGACAGAACUUUGUCAUCUACUCGACAGUAGACAUUGGAAAUCUAUAUCUAUAUCAUAUUGCCAGAACAUGUCUCCAGCUUCCGUUUCUAGCCGAAAAGUGUAGGAUUUCUGAUAUCUUUGCUUAGUCUAUGUUCAACCAUAAUGGUGGUCAGUGUGCGUUAGGUAUAUAAUAAUUUAUAUACCUCCUAUCUGAGUAUUAAAAUGUAUAUGGCUAGUACACGUUUAUGAGUUUCCAUUCCAUAGCAUGCUGGGACCGAACCUUUGAAAGUCUGCGAUGAAGUCAUGGACUUCAAAUCUUAUACAUGCUCAUUUCUUCCACAGCGUUACAGAUUCGAUAAAUCUUGGCAUAAUUGCUAAAUUGUUUUUAAAUUAGUUUACGGCUUUACAGUAGAUAUAUUAUAAGCAAGCUAUUGUAAGCAAUGUUUCGAGAAACAUUGCAAGUCGUAAAGAGUCUCAAAAAAAGAUAACUAAAAAUAUACAAAUAGAUCUGUAUAACAUUUUUAAUAUUAAACAUGCAGAGCUAUAUGAGUUCUUGAUUGCCCUUAUUAAGGUAGAAGGUCCACAAUGAAAAUCGGCGAUUUCUGUGCGAUUUACGUAUUCUACGUGUUUACUUUCGGCAUCCCUCGGUUGUUACGGAAAAUAACUACAUUUACUACUUUACAACAGAAGAAUACCGAAAUAUCAGACAAGAAUACUAUAUCGCACGGAAAUUGCCGGUUUUAAUUACGGGUCCAUUGCCUUUAAUACAUUUAGUGGAAGUACUUCCCAAUAGCUAUCCUGAAGGCAAUAAUGACAAAAACGCAGAUACAAGGUUUUAGAAAUGUGUAUUUCUUUAUCAGAACAUUGAUCUGGCUUCCUUUUCUUUAUUUAAACUAUUGUUUUACAAGUCAAAAUACAAUAUUUUUUUAUUUUUUGUAAAUUUACAACACUGAAUGUAUUAGUGAAUAUGACUGACCUUCAAACAGUAGAUAAUUCCGAGUUUUGAACUAAGUCUUUUUUUCCAAAAUCUUUUGUUCUUCCGCCUGUAAGUCGCACAACAAUGCAAGCGGGAGAAUAUCACAACUUUUAUAUAAUCCUAUCUAUUGCCAGUUGUAUUAUUAUUGACUAUAUGAUUGUUAUAUGUAAAUACUCAUCGUUAACAUUAAAACUUCUAGUCUAAUAAAUAUUAAAUAUGUGUACAUGUGUACAAACUUUAUUGAAUGUAUUAUUAUAUGAAUUUCAUGUAUAAACACAUUCCAGUGGCUUGCUAUUAUGAUGAUGUUAAUAUAAACAUCCAUAUAAACUAUAUUUAAAGUGUAUUUCAAGAUCCUCCUUAGGUUUUUUUUUCAGACGUUAAAGGGGUAUAGCCUCUCUCCAAAUUCUUUGAAAUUUAGACAAAAAAAUCUUACUUAUUGUAAAUAACAUUAAAAAAGGAAACCCUAUUAAUGAGUUCUAGGAUCUCUUUGAAUAUCGCGUGCACACAUAGAGUAUAAAAUUUGAGAUGCAUGCCAAAAAAAAUGUAACUUGAUAUAUUAUGACGAAAAUUUAAAAUAAAAUGCUACAUCAACCUGUGUAUGUCGUAAACUUAAAAUAAAUAUGUUUCUAUGUAGAUUUUAAGAUGUAAGGUUUUAAUGCUACAUACUUAUAAAUGCAUCAUAAACAAUGUAUGCACAUGUUAUAUCACAAAAGUUAGUACCUAGAAAUGAAAUAUCUUAAUGAACAGGUGAACAUAACACGAGCACAUCAAAAAUAGUGAAACUGUUGAAAUCUCAAAGUGGUCAAAAACUCGGCUAUUAUAUGAUGGGAAUUCAGAAGUCAUUGAUAUUCUAUACGAACAAUGUACUCAUUGUGUGUUUCAGGACGGUGUUAUGAUGUCUAUAACAACGCUUGUUUAAGUUUCAUUUUACAUAAAUCAAAACAUAGCUUUUAGAAAUGAAUAAAUGUGUUAAGUAAGUGAGCCUGUAAGGAGAUUCGGCAAUUUCCGUACUAUUACGUCUUUCUCUGUAUCUGGUUUCGGCACUUUCCGGCAAGUUGCUACAAUGAAGUAAAUUGGCAGCCGGAAAAUGCCGGAAUAGUAUUAGGAGAAUACGUGAUUUAACCUAAAUUGUCAAAUGUCUCUACGGGUCUAUUGCCUGAAAUGAGUGUUCUCAUGCGGGUAACGUUAAUCCUUUAUAUUUGUUACUUUUUAGGUUUUUGAUCCAUAUGAUGAAUUUGAAUAUGUUACAUUCCAUUGUUGUUAUACAUUUUGCAUGGUUACUUUUGUCUUUUCUUAUUCGAGUGAAAGCUACAGACUCAGAACGAGAACAUGUGCCCAACUAAGUCAUUAAGCUAUUCAAUUUAGUUAACUAUAGGCAUUCCAGUAGUAUUUUAUAGGAUUAUAAAGUUUUGUUUGAAAAUAUGUUUGUUGUUUUAUAACAGCGUCAACUUGAAUGCUUUUCAAGUGUUUGUCAAUUGAAUAUAAAUGUUACUCACUUUUUUUUCUUAUUUCAAAUAUUAUUGUUUUACAUAUAGAGUGAACAUGCGUUAUAUGAUAUGAUAGACGUAUUAAAAUAUAGAUGUGUGUUCAGUUGCAAUAAAAGAUAAAUACGUGUAGAUGGUGUUACAGAAUAGAAACUAUAUGUGAUUUAAACUGCUUUUAAUUUUUCACUCUCAUUUAUGUAUAGAUUCAUAUUCAUUUACUACACAGGUAAAUAUGAACACACUCAAAAAUGUAAAUGCAUGUACUUUUUUGUCAUUCUAACCCCUACGUGUUUUCAUUAUAUAUUUUAGUAUUGGUAACAUGUGUGUAUAAAGAAUUACCAUACCAUACUCAUAGAUAUAUAAUUGUGUCCUGUGUCUGAAACUAUAAAAAUAUAUACAUGGAACAAAUCUGCUUGCGUCAAGUAACUUACAAAACACAAGUUUAAAUGUAUCGGCGUAUAUGGCAAUAUUGUUUAUUUCUUUAAAACAAAUUACACAAAUUGAAAAUAUGUAGUCAUAUAUUUAUCUCACAAAGGCGUACUAAUUUUGAAAUGCAACGAAGACGUAUAAAAGUAAAUUUGUAUUUAUCAGAUGGUACAGUUUCUAACUACUAGGACGAAAAUGUGUUAACCCAGAAGUUAUCAAUUUUACUAAUUAUGAGCUCUAAGAAAUCAUGGAAUAACACUCAUUAGCUAAUGUUUUGAGUUAUAUUUCGUGAAUGUUAUCACAAUUGUUAUUGCCCGGUACAACAGAGCCUAGAUUUAGGGGAAUUUUGAAAACAUAAUACAUCUUAUCUUUGUGAAAAAGAGCAUGGGUUAACCAUUGUGAUCAGUAAAUGCAAAAUACAUAAAAUGUAAACUAAAUUUCACAUCAUAUAAUUUAUGUUAUGCACCGUUUUCCUAUUUAUCAAAUAAUCAAGGCCUUAUCACGGUUCAGAGUUCAGAUGCGCGGGCAUUGAACCACGAGGGAGUAAGUCCGAGUGGUUAAAUACUGAAGCAUCUGAACGAUAGAAAUCGUGGUAAAUUAGACGAAAAACUACAACAAGGCCUUGAUUAUUUUCAUUCUAACAUUCUCAUUAAAAUGUUUUGAUAAAUACAAAACUGGGCUGCAUUUGCCUGAGGAGUAAUGAACCGGACGUAAUACGGCAACUUGACGUCAUAAUGCUCUCUUACCGGUCCGCGCGUCAGUCUUUGUUUAUCGCAGCAAAAAAAAGGGCUUGACAUUCUUCUUUAUUUAACUGGCAAUUAAAUCGAGCCAUGUUAGAAUGGAAAGUAUAUAAUAACAAAGCUGUCUGUAUAUAUUGCUUUGUAUAUUAAAUAAUUUAUACUAUGUUUUACGGGCAUUCAUUUUGGAUAUAUAACUAAAUCGAUAUAACUAGAUUUAUAUUCAUAUGUUACCAAUACUUGAAUUAAAAAAUAUCUGUGAUUUUUGUUAUUGAAUUUCAAAUGUAAAUCUCUUAUGCGAUGUACUUGUUUCAUUUUUUAUCAAACUAUUUAUAAAUUUGCUUCAAUGACCAAUAAAAUAAUAUUAUAA